AUGACACAGUGGUGGCGGUGGUUUCGUUGUCGUCGCGAAGCGGUUCAAACGUCGUCGUGGACGGAGCAGUUGUGGACGGAAUCUCUGCAGUGGUCGGCUCGCUCGCAUCAUCCAAGUGCGGUCGUCGAGGUUGCAGUGGACGAGGAAGCCGUCGUUGUCGAUUCAGUCUCCUUGGCCGCUCCUUCUGUGGUCACUGUCGAUGACACAGUGGUGGCGGUGGUUUCGUUGUCGUCGCGAAGCGGUUCAAACGUCGUCGUGGACGGAGCAGUUGUGGACGGAAUCUCUGCAGUGGUCGGCUCGCUCGCAUCAUCCAAUGCGGUCGUCGAGGUUGCAGUGGACGAAGAGGCCGUCGCUGUCGAUUCAGUCUCCUUGGCCGCUCCUUCUGUGGUCAGUGUCGAUGACACAGUGGUGGCGGUGGUUUCGUUGUCGUCGCGAAGCGGUUCAAACGUCGUCGUGGACGGAGCAGUUGUGGACGGAAUCUCUGCAGUGGUCGGCUCGCUCGCAUCAUCCAAUGCGGUCGUCGAGGUUGCAGUGGACGAAAAGGCCGUCGCUGUCGAUUCAGUCUCCUUGGCCGCUCCUUCUGUGGUCAGUGUCGAUGACACAGUGGUGGCGGUGGUUUCGUUGUCGUCGCGGAGCGCUUCGGAUGUCCGUCGUGAAGGGAGCUGUUGUGGUUGGAUUCGCCGUAGUGGUCGGCUCGCUCGCAUCAUCCAAUGCGGUCGUCGAGGUUGCAGUGGACGAAGAGGCCGUCGCUGUCGAUUCGGUCUCCUUUGGCCGCUCCUUGUGUGGUCACUGUCGAUGACACAGUGGUGGCGGUGGUUUCGUUGUCGUCGCGAAGCGGUUCAAACGUCGUCGUGGACGGAGCAGUUGUGGACGGAAUCUCUGCAGUGGUCGGCUCGCUCGCAUCAUCCAAUGCGGUCGUCGAGGUUGCAGUGGACGAGGAAGCCGUCGCUGUCGAUUCAGUCUCCUUGGCCGCUCCUUCUGUGGUCACUGUCGAUGACACAGUGGUGGCGGUGGUUUCGUUGUCGUCGCGAAGCGCUUCGGAUGUCGUCGUGA